AUGCACCAUACGCCAUUGUAUAUCUUUUUUGGCUCAGCCGCUUUCGUGGGCGUCACCUUCGGCCUCAUCCUCAUGCUCACGUCCAGCAGCAUGUUCGCCAUCCUCGGCCUCUACGACAGCCCCGGUGAUGAGAAGGCCUCACGCAGGCCUCGCAAUAAACUUCCGGCCUCCCCGUAUGUCGACGAGGAUGAGGAGGAGGCAAGGCUCCAGCGCCAACGGCCCAGCACACCCCUCUUGGACGGUAGCGACCAGGAGAAGCUGGAGGCCCUGCUGUCGAACCUCAGCUCUCCGGACUCGGAUCUUGGGAGCCUAGCCAUGCAAGGCUGGCGGGACGGCCCCAACAUCAAGAGGAAGAGGAGGUCAGCCGCGGCGUCACGCAUUGGGACUAUUUUGGAAGAAGAUGACGAUUCAUUUUGA